GCAUUUAUCUAAACUCUUCACUCAAAAAGUACACCAUAAACGGCUUUGUGUAUUUUUAUUAUUCAAUAACCUAUAUAAACAAGGGUCUGCUAUGCGAGACGUGCAUCUUAAUGCGCAGUAUCUUAUACUGUUUAAAAAUAAUCGUGAUGUGAACCAAAUCAAGAUUCUAGAAAGGCAGACUGGUUUAAAACAUCUCAGCGGGGCUUACGAAGAAAUCGGCCAGGAACCAUUUCAACCUCUCAUUUUGGAUAUGAAACCGGACACACCUGCCUAUUUAAGGAUUCGUUCAGCAAUAUUACCGGGAGAGUUGACUAAAAUUUACAUCAAUCCACAUACGACAAACUUGCCCAAGAAUGUGUGAUCAGAUUUUAAAAGACUUUGCACCGUUUCUCCUUACCCUGCGAUCGCUGAAACCCAAGCAGCGUCGUUUUCUUUUGGAAAAUAUUUCGAAACGACAACUUCGCUGUUUUGAAGAAAUUUGUUUGAAUUUGGUGAAGAAUUCAGUGCCUCUUACCACCGAUCAGCUCAAGGUGUGUCAGCGUUGGCGUCGACCAUUAAAGCUGAUUGCCCUCAAAAAAUAUCCUUUACGAAGCAAGAGGGAAAUUUUAUUACAGCGCGGAGGAUUCUUACCUGCGGUUCUACCUGUAUUGGCAGCUGUUUUGGGAACUGCUUUACUGAAAUGAAACCGGAAGUGCAUUAUAUUGUUCCCGCGAGCGAAAUGAAAAGACUUGCAAGUGACACGGUUGGUCGUAUUGUAACGGAUGUCCAAUUACAACAGCAGCCUACUGAAGUUGUAGAUAUUGUAAAACUGGAUGAUUUGAUGAGAGAUAUAAUUUCACGGAAUACGCUCAGCGAAUGGGAGAAAGCGGAACUGUUAUCAAGAAACUUGGCUCGCUUUUUGGCGCUGAAAAAGUCGGCGUUUGGCCCUGACCAAAUGGUUAUUCCGCCUCCAGCAUUUGUGCCCCCAAUUCCAGUACAACUAUUAAAGAAGCCGUGGGUACCCCCUAAUAUGCCUGAUCGUAUGUUAGAUGCUUUCCCUCCUAUUCCACCUGCACCCCCGGCAAAACGCAAGCGUGCAAAGCGAGAAGUAUUUGAUGAAAACACUUUACAAAUCGAAGGUCCCAUCGGUUCAAGAACCAAAUCUCAGCUCAACUGGAUGACUAUAAAUAACAAAUGAGUGGUGGAUGCGUUCCCUUUUCUUUGUCUUGGGGUGAAGGUAUGACAUGGAACUGCACAUCUAGCUGUUGCGAUGGAUCAAGCAGUAGCGACGACGAACACGAUGGCCAAUCUACUGCUACGACAAGCGUACCUGAACCCUCUGCACCCGGGCAGCUUAGCGGGGAUUCAAGAGUUUCGCAACCACUUUCCACAAGCACCAAACUAUCAACAAACGCGGGAACAGCUGGAACAUCUGGAUCCAUAUACAGUCCACAAAUCUCGACGCAAAAAAUUCAAAAGAAACCCCGUAGUUGUCUCAAACCUACUGGAGCAAUAUCAAGCCGAUCUGGCAGACAUGUCAAAAUAUGCGAAGCAGAACAAAGGAUACCGUUGGAUAUUGUUUGUGAUCGACGUCUUCAGCAAGAAAGUUAGCUGUCAACUACUAAAGAAUAAAAGCGGUCCAGAAGUAAAACUUGGUCUGGAAAAAGUGUUUGCAGAACUCGGAGCUCCAAUUAAAUUACAAACUGACAAAGGUCUUGAAUUUUACAAUAAGGAUGUUAAGAAUUUUUUGACGGCCCAAAAGGUUUUCUUGUUCUCUUCUGAAAAUAAAGCAAUCAAAGCAUCUCUAGCUGAAAAUGGCAUACGCAAUCUCAAGAAACGCAUAUGGAAAUUAUUUCAACACCGACAGUCUAAAGUGUACUGGGACGUUUUAGGCGAUUUGGUAAACAGUUACAACAACGCAAUUCAUUCUUCGCAUAAAGUCACGCCUAAUGAGGUUACCCAGUCCAGUUCUCUGCAAAUAUUCAAUCGACUAUAUGCAGAAUUAUUAUUGGGAAAACAGAAAAAGCCAAAGUACAGCGUAGGUGACACAGUACGAGUAGCCAUCGACAAAACACUUUUUGAAAAAGGAUAUGAGUCAACAUUUAAGGAGGAAAUUUACAAGAUACACCAAGUAUUACCACAACAGCCAGAGCCCCUCUACGUAUUACUGGAUGAAGACGGGGACUUACUUCGCGGGAAAUAUUACGAAGCCGAACUCAGUCGUGUCAGAAAUGGCUCAUAAUAGUUUUUAUGUCACGCUUCUAUCUGAUGCCUGUAUGCAACAGUUUCCAAAGAAUAAUGCAGCUGAAUGGACAACAAAGUUAAAGAGCGUGAUACCCCUACCGGGACAAUGGGAAAUGGCAUUGGUGGAAAUACAGUAUCCUAAUUCAAUGUACAAUUUACCCAGUCCCCAAACACUGGACGUAGACCAAAUUACUUCUACGGAUAGCAACGGUGUUUUUGUUAUGGAGCGGAAUACAAUUACGGUACCUGCAGGAAUCUAUGAGAAAAGUGACAUCAUUAAUUUUAUCAACGGUAAAGUACCACGGUUAAAGCCAUUUCGCGAUUCUGCAGCGGAAGAACAGGCGGCUUUCCAACUAGAAUUAUUAGCAACAGAGCCCAAGCUCAAAGUGAAAUUUCCCAGCGUACGUGUUUUUCUGGAUUUUCCUCCCUCAUCUUUGCAUCUAUCCCGUAUGCUUGGAUUUAAGGAACGACGAUUUUCUGCUGCACAGUCUGAACAAUAUGAGAAUUUUUUGAUGGAAAAAACGAAUUUUGCUUCCGCAGCUACAACACUGUCCGACCAGCUGAAAGCCUUGCCAGAGUUGCAGCUGUUGGAGACGUCUAUAACAAUGACAGCAGAUAAGCCCGUAAAUAUGCACAUUGGGAACCAAUCAAUUUUUGUCUACUGCAACAAGUGCGACUACAAUAUUGUGGGCGAUAAAACUAUGCAGCUUUUGCGCGCUUUCCCCAUUAAAGCAAGUGUUCCUCGCUUCGAAAUUGUUUCGGAAAGGUUUAAGGAUCCACAUUAUCUACCUGUUCUAUACGAUAGACUGGACACUAUCGAUAUCAACAUUGCAACUGAUCUCGGAGAAGCGGCAAUUUUUCAGACUGGAAAGUCAAUGGUAAAGCUACAUUUCUGGCCCAUUCAGUAUUACUAUCGCUAAAAAAUGCCCGUAAUCCUCUUUGGGCCGUCACCUUCGUUCUACCUGGAUUUAUUUGCGGGGGCCGCCACGGGUGCUGGUAGCCAGCACGGCUAUGGAGCCGUCAUGACACGCUAUCGCGGGAGUUUAAUGCAAAAUGGCAGUGGAUUUAUGUUGCCCAAUUUUCUGCGCGCAAUGUUUAGUAAAUUAGCGCAUUUUGCUGCCCCGGUUAUUAAAGCAGCGGCACCACAUGCCAGAGCAGCAAUGGAAGCAGCAAAGCCUCACUUACGCGACGCAGCGAAAACAGUUCUUAGUGAGACAUCCAGGAAGGUAGAAGAGAAAAUUUUGGAAGCGUUAACUGCGCAACCCCAACAGCAAGGAGGCAUUAAGCGGCUCAAGCAGCAGCACAAGAGGACUAAGAAGAUAAAGAAACCUUGUUUCCGACUUAAACGGCUUAAGCGGAUUCCCCCAAGAGAAUUUGAGGACGAAUUUUAAAAUGGCUUUUAUUUUGGAAGGAAGUGUACCAGCUAUGCAGAUCGAGUCGGAUUUAUUCUCCGUUCCGGCCACUUUAGCGGAUUUUGUGCGGACAGAAGAAGAACGCAUUCUACCGACCUCUGGCCAAACAAAAGAAAUUAGUUCUGGAGAAAUUUCCUUUUACAUUCCCCCUUCAACGUCGGCGCUGCUAGUGCUACCAGAAAUUACGCUAGAAAUGGAUAUUGCAAUCAAAAAGGACUUGGUGCGGCCACGCAUAUUGAAAACACGGAUCUGGUAGCACCAGUGAACCUAAUAGCGCAUUCUAUAUUCAGCUCGGUAGAGGUAACAAUGGCCAACCGCCUGAUAACUAAUUCGACCCCAUUGUAUGCCUACCGAGCUUACUUGGAAAAUUUGUUGGGAUACACACCGGCUGCUCUAAAAAGCCAGGCAACAAGUGCUGGAUUUUAUAUAGACACCCCCGGGUACCUAGAGGAUCAUACCAAUAACGCUGGAGAAGUAACGCGCAAAGCCAUGUUUGUGACCAACGAGUACGUCCCAUUCAGCGCCAAAUUAUGUACGGACAUUUUUCAGCAGGGAAAAAAUUUGAUCACCGGUGUACCGCUACAUGUGCGCCUCAUUUUGAAUAAGCCGGAAUUCUACCUGCGUUCAUAUGCCAAUCUUCCAGUGGAUACUUUUAAAGCAUACAUUCGCAAUCCGCGGCUGUAGGUCAAACGCUUCGUGCCUAAUCCGGCAUAUUUGUCUGCGCUUACUGCCCAAUUAUCAACAAAAACUGUGAAAUACCCUAUUGAGCGAGUGUGUAUGCGUGUUAAUGAUAUUGGUACGAUUCAAAGCACAGUGCUGGCUAAUUUACAUAUUGGAGCAGUACCAAAAUGUGUUUUUGUGGGAUUUGUGAAAAGCUCGAGUUUUCACGGGCUGCGCCGAGGUAAUCCAUUUAACUUUGAACAUUUCAACCUCAACUAUAUAAGUGUCGAAGUCGACGGACAAUCGUACCCCGCACAAGCCUACCGACCAAAUUUCGCCACGGGUGACUAUUUGCAAUCAUAUGACGGUCUGUUGGAGACGCUUGGCCGCUUGCACCGGACGGGGCGUUGCCUUUCGACCGUAAAGCAUUUGCGGAAGGAUUUGCUAUUUGGGGAUUCGAUCUGACACCUUCACGGACAGGCCUCGGACCGAUGAGCACCGUGCGCCAGGGAAAUCUAUCAAUCCGCCUGCAGUUCGCCGCCCAAUUAACUGAACCAAUUAUGGCCAUUACGAUGAUGGUGUGGGAUACUAUUAUUGAAGUCAAUUCACAUCGCCAGCUCAUUGUGGAUUUUACGGCUUAAAAACCUAUCGUAAGUGUUGUAAGCCUUAAAAAUGUCGUGUUGUUGCCUGCGCAGUAAGCUUCAGGGUCGCCAGCGGGGGUGGGCGCGCUGUCUGCCCCUAUUGACGCUGAAGUGAAUCGUUACAGAAAUGGUAAACAAUGGGCGACCGGAGCGCUUCGCGCUCUCGGUCGCCCGUUGUUUACAGGACAAAAUCAAAAAAGCAUUUUUAAAUUUGAUAUAAUAUGCAGACUGGCACUACAAUGGACACUGCUGAAAUUAGUCAUGUGUUACGUUCAAGUGCCGUGACACGAGACGUUUUUAUUGGAGUUUUUGCUGCGGACAUGUUACCAUCGUCGCUGCCAGCCAAGCUGCCAUGGGCAUGCGUUGUUAAUACUGACGAAGCUGCGAAAUCUGGCUCGCAUUGGCUGGCGUUCUACCAGGCUAUACCGAGACAGCUGGAAUAUUUUGACUCCUACGGACAUGAACCGCAUUACUACAGCCGCCACAUUAAAAAUUUUUGCAAGAACGCGGGCAUAAUUAUUUCGCAAGCGCAUCGCGUACAGAUGGAAUGGAGUACCGUUUGUGGACAGUACUGCUGCUUUGUUAUUUUAAAACGAUGCUCCGGCGAAUCGUUCACGUCUCUUAUUCAUUUAUUGACGAAUAGCAAAUCUUCGAACGAUCGAAUGGUUUGCGCUUAUGUUAAUUAUUAUUUUAUUUUGAAAACUGUAGUCCGUGAUAACUCUCUGCUUAUUCAGUCUGUUUUCCGUCAGUUAAUGCAAUAAAGUCACGUCAUCAACGCCAGUGUUUUCACGUACUGUUUGUAUACGAGUAAAAAUAAUAUGCUGUGCACCAAAGUAUUUUGUAACCACAACGUGACGUUGCGCUGCAUCUGUUUUGAUGCAAAGAAAAUACUUUGUCAGUGUGUAAUUUUAUCCAUUGCGCAGCGAAAACUAACGAUUUCUGAUUCUGUUCUGUUCAAAGAAUGGUUUACCAUAUUGUUGUGGACAUUAAGUGGUAUACGCUUAAUGGCAAGGCAGUUAUUACGUCACUUGCAAUAAGUUCUGUGGAAUUUUAUUGCCUUUAUUAUACGACAUUUGCGCUAGCGCCAAACAAUUACAUUGUUAAUAAAUAUGGCAUUUGUUCUUCGGAUAUUGAAGCUGUGCUCGAUAAAGCUUUCUCUGAGUUAGAACAGCAGUUAAGUCGAGCGUUUAAACAUUAUCUCCGCUAUGUUGAUGAUCCUGCUGAUGUCGUUUUCUAUGCAAAAGCGGGACAAAAGUGUCUCAUUCUUCAACAACUGCUAACGUCUGAUGUCAUUAAUCUUGAUACACUUGGCUGUCCGCGUUUUGCUGCCCUAUGUAGCGACAAGUGCUACAGUCCUAACAAAGCGCAAACUUACUCUAAUUGGAUGUUGGACCACUAUUUAAAAAGCCGUACAAAAUGCCUGCUUUGCCGUAUGCCGAUUCCUGAAGAAAGAGCUCACCAUCAACGGCAACGAUACUGCCGCAACAGAAGACCGGAUAAGAAUUCUUACUGAGAUGAUGAAGGGAACAGAUGUUGCAUCCGCUGUGGCGCUGCGUUUCCCUCGAACGUUGAUUGUGACUGAAGAAAACACGUUGCGAAUAUUAUCGCACACAGCAAGUUUCACCCAAUGAGCCAUCAGAU